AGCCGGUCCUGCACAGCCUCACGACGAGCACCGUCUCCGCCUGUCAUUGGCUAUAGGGGCCAUAACCCCUCGGGAAAAUAAGGAAUGCGCCUCAAGUGGCUGGCCACUAUAAAAGCACCAUGUUCGCCCAGGUCUCUUCGAUCCUCACCCUGCCUCCUACCUCUACGUCCUGCUCGUCUUACUACUACUACAAUGGCCCCUCAUCAUACUCCCUACGUUACCCCCCAUAUUCUUCACAAGAACUAUGCACAGGCUCAUGAUUCUGAACAGUUUGGCUCUCUAAUCGGCCAGGACCUCGACUACUUUUCCCAAGCCGGUUUCGACAUGGACCGCAUCUCCAUCAAGCGCAAUGCUCCCGUCGCCCUCCUCUACGAAGACGCUAUUCGCAACGAGGGUGCCAUCAUCUCCUCUUCAGGCGCCCUCAUCAACUUUUCCGGUAAAAAGACCGGCCGCUCUCCAAAGGACAAGCGUAUCGUCUUCGAAGACACCUCCAAGGAUGACAUUUGGUGGGGUUCAGUCAACAUCAAGAUGGACGAACAUACCUUUGAAAUAAACCGAGAACGUGCCAUCGACUACCUCAACACCCGUGACAAUGUCUACGUCUUUGACGGCUAUGCUGGUUGGGAUCCUAAAUACAGGAUCAAGGUCCGUGUCAUCUGUGCCCGCGCCUAUCAUGCCCUCUUCAUGAAUAACAUGCUCAUCCGGCCCACCGAGGAACAACUCGCCGACUUUGGCGAGCCCGACUUUAUCAUCUACAAUGCCGGCCAGUUCCCAGCCAACCGCUUCACAAAGGGCAUGUCCUCUACAACUUCCGUCGAAAUCAAUUUUAAGCGCAUGGAAAUGGUCAUUUUGGGUACUGAAUAUGCCGGCGAGAUGAAAAAGGGUGUUUUCUCCGUCAUGCACUACCUCCAGCCUAUCAAGUUUGGCCAGCUAUCUCUCCACUCUUCUGCCAACGUCGGAAUCGAGCACGGCGAUGUCACCCUCUUCUUCGGUCUUUCCGGUACCGGCAAGACUACCCUUUCGGCCGACCCUAACCGACUUCUCAUCGGCGACGACGAGCAUGUAUGGAGCGACACUGGCGUUUUCAACAUUGAAGGCGGCUGCUACGCAAAGUGCAUCAACCUCUCCGCCGAAAAGGAGCCAGAAAUCUUCAACGCCAUUCGUUUCGGCUCCAUCCUCGAAAACGUUGUCUACAACCCCGUCUCCCGUGUCCCCGACUAUGAUGACCUUUCCAUCACCGAAAACACCCGUUGCGCUUACCCUAUCGAGUUUAUUCCCAACGCAAAGAUCCCCUGCGCUGUCGACCGUCAGCCCUCCAACAUCAUCAUGCUCACCUGCGACGCCUUUGGUGUCCUUCCUCCCGUCUCAAAGCUCACCCCAGAGCAGGCUUCGUACCACUUCCUCGCAGGCUACACCUCAAAGACUCCCGGCACAGAAGACGGCGUCCUCGAACCCAUCCCUACCUUUUCCACCUGCUACUCUGCUCCCUUUAUCGUCCUUCACCCCGGUCGCUACGCAGAAAUGCUCGCAGAACGCAUGGCAAAGCACAAUGUCGACUGUUGGCUUAUCAACACCGGUUGGACCGGCGGCAAAUUUGGCACCGGCUCUCGCUGCCCCCUCAAGUUUACCCGUGCCAUCAUCAACGCCAUACAUUCCGGUUCCCUUAAGAAUGCAGAGUACGAGCCUUUUGGCGUCUUUGGCCUCAGUAUUCCCACCAGCGUCGACGGUGUUCCGAGGGAGGUUCUUAACCCCGAGCUGGCUUGGAAGGAUAAGGAGGCAUUCAAGAGGGAGCUUGUCAAGCUUGCCGGCAUGUUCAAAAAGGCGUUUGCCUUGUAUGAGAAGGAUGUAGGCGCAAAGGUGAACAAUGCCGGACCCGUGGUGUAAACAAAUUAGUGUAUUAUAAUCAUAACAUAUACUAGACUUUGACGCUUAAUCAGCGCUAUCAUCAUGCAUUUCUUUGUCUACUGCCCCGACAAGGCUGACGACGGUGCCUUUGAGCGCCGUCUCUCUGUGCGAUCCACCCAUCUCGAGGGCGCGAAAGAGCACGUCUCUGGGGGAUUCAUCCGUACGUACCGUGCAUACUGACCAUCGGCAGACCUGAUGUGUGCUGUAGGUAUCGGAGGCGCACUGCUCUCUGAGGAAUCCCUCACCUCUGAGACGAAGAAAAUGGUCGGAUCGGCGUUUAUCUGCGAAGCCAAGGAUAUCGACGAGUAAGUGCCUAUCAUCUUGACUGCGCGCGUAUAAACAUGAGCUGUGUGAUAGGGUCAAGGAAAAGGUCAAGGCCGAUGUGUAUUAUACCGCUGGAGUGGUGAGUACCACCCCUGCUUGGGGUUCUGA